AUGUUGAAACCAACUAAAAUGACAGCAGUAGCAAAAGAGACGAUUAAGGAGACCGAACGUCUCUCUAUAACGACUGAGAUCCAAAUAACGCAUGGUCAUAGGGAGCCAUCCACUUCAUUGGAAGGCGCCCUAAAGCACCUCUUGGGGUCAAUUCUGGGUCUCUCCCCCGGUCAGAUAGGGGCCGAUGAUGAUUUUUUUCAGCUGGGCGGAGACUCGCUCAGGGCAAUGCACUUGGUGGCCCAAGCCCGAUCUAUCUGGAUGUCAGCAGACAUCUCCUCCGCUUGGUUCUUUGAAUCACCCACCAUUCGAGCUCUGGCACAAAGACUGGAGCUAUCAUCUAGACUACUCCCUGGCUCGGGGCCAUCUUUACGUCCUCUCACUUCUUCUUCUCAAGUCAACCCUUUCCAGGCCAACGAACUUCUCAACUCUUGUGGACUGCAAAAAAGUGAUCUCGAGGGUGGAUUGAUCCGGGCUACUAGCUUUCAGUCCAAGGCGUUGGGCUUCAAGUGCACUCAUCUUGUUUAUGAGCUCGGUCAGAGUGUGGACUAUACUCUCCUGGAGAAAGCUUGGGCACUCGUCCGUGAAAAGUAUGCUGCGCUGCGAACAGUUUAUGUCUGCCAUCAGGGCCAGGCAUAUCAGGGCUUUCUAAAGGAAGUAGAUCGCAGGAUUCCAGUUCACUCCACAGAGCCACUUGCAUUGGAUGACUACGUUCAUCAGUUUUGUGAAGAAGCGGCCCAGCAAGUCAUCCCCGAUGGGGCUCCUCACUUCGGUCUGACGAGGAUUUCCACCACCGCCAAGAACCUUCUGGUGGUCCAGAUCAAUCACUCCCUGUAUGAUACUAUUUCCAUGAAGCGGAUCUUCCAGGAGCUGGCUGCUGCCUACAGCGGCUCCCUGGAUCCUCGGGAUCAACGCGACGACUUUCCGGAGUAUAUGCAACUCCGGGUGGACCACAACCGUGGCCAGGAGGUUGUCGCUUUCUGGAAACGCUACCUGCAUGGUGCCCAUAUGACUCGCACUUGCUUCUCAUCCCCAGGUGCAGUUGAGAGCGAGGUGAAAAUGGUCUUCGGGAUGAUGCCCAGUCCGAAAAUCGUGCCCCGUCCAGGAGUCACGGCGGCGUCUGUCUUGCGCGCCGCAACAGCAUUGGUGCUAUCCCAACUGACUGGAAACGACGAUGUCGUAUUUGGGGAGAUUGUCCAUGGGCGCGAUCUGCGUCUCCCUGACACUGACAAGAUAGUCGGAUGUACCAUCGCCGAAGUUCCAACACGCGUGAUGAUCCCGCGGGGAGGGACUGUGCAGGACCUUUUACGUCACUCCCUGCAACAACACGUCAGGCGUAUCCCGUAUGAGACCUUAGAUAUCGAAGAUAUUAUUCGGAUGGCAACAAGUUGGCCCUUGGAUACCAAGUUCGGGGUCAUUCUUGUUGUGGAAAGCCCAGACGCCUAUCCCCGCAUGAACUUGGAUGGACAAGAAAGUACACCCAAGCCAUUUUUCCACGGACUCCUCCAUGAUGUUCAUAUCCAGUUGAACUUGGACCAGGAUACGCCAUCACUUAUGGUUCUUGGUCCAAGCUCGCUUAUCUCGCUGGACAUGGCCAACAUCUUGGCCAAGAAACUAGUCAUUUGUAUGGAGCAGUUGAACUCUACAUCAGAAAAGCCCCUGGCAAGUGUUCAGAUGUGA